AUGUUGUCCGAUUGUUUAACGAAAAUAGGGAAGUCUAUAAUGAUCCUCGAUGAUGUGUGGGAAUAUUUCAAUCUUGAAGAGGUGGGGAUCCCUGUUGGAGUAAAUGGAAUUAAGUUGGUCUUAACCACUCGAUCCUAUGAUGUAUGCCGCCAGAUGCUUUGUCAAGAGAAUAUAAAAAUCGAACCUCUAUCCAAUAAAGAAGCCAAGAGUUUAUUUUUGGAGGAGCUUAAAUUCAAAGUGGACCUUAAUUUGGAAAUUGAAGUAGUUAUGGACUCCAUUGUUAAAGAAUGUGAAGGCUUGCCGAUUGGACUCAUCAUGAUGGCAAGAAGCAUGAGAGGAGUGACCAAUGUGUUUGAAUGGAGGGCUUCCCUGGUGAAAUUGAAAGAAUCAAGUAUGGGGCAAACAUGUAUGGAGAAGGUCUUAAUGAAUCUGAAAUUUAGUUAUGAUCACCUUGGUAAUUCCAAUGCCCAACAGUGUUUCUUAUCUUGUGCACUUAAUCCAGAAGAUAGAUUGAUCGAUAAGUUCGAGUUGAUAGAAUUCUUUAUCGACCAAGGAUUGAUUGGUGGAUUGAAUACAAGGAAGGAGCAAUAUGAUAGAGGCCUCACCAUAUUGAGCAAACUUGGAAAUGUUUGCCUAUUGGAAGAUCAUGGGCACGAGAUGAAAAUGCAUGAUUUGAUUUUAGACAUGGCAUUGCAUAUCAUGAGUACAACUUCCAUUGUAAAAGCAGGAAAGAGGUUGAGGAGGAUUCCACCAGAGGAAUAUUGGACGGAUGUUUUGGAGAAAGUUUCUCUGAUGGAAAGCGAAAUUAGUGAAUUUCCAUUGAACAUGUCACCAAAUUGUCCUAAACUAUCAACUUUACUACUGAAUAGAAGCUUGUCAAAGGAUGUGGUCCUCCUUGAUUCUUUCUUCAAACAGUUAUGUGGGCUAAAGGUUCUAAACCUGAGUGGAUGUCAACUAACAGAACUUCCAAAUUCCAUCUUAGAAUUGGUAAAGUUGAGAGCACUAUUACUAAAAAAUUGUAUGUUUUUGCGCCGUAUUCCUUAUCUAGGGAAGCUCACAUCUUUAAAAAAGUUGGACGCUAGUGGUUAUACUGUUCUUAAAGCACCCGAGGGUUUGGAAAAGUUGGUGAACUUGAGAUAUCUUGACCUUACCAACUCAUAUAUUGCGAGAUUGCCCAAAGGAACACCGGACCAUUUACUAGACUUGCAAUGUCUUGAAGUUUCGGUAAAAGAAGAAGACAUUACAAAAUUGGGGGCAUUGGAGGCAUUUGGAUGCUCCCUUCAAAAUAUAGAUGAUUUCAACAAGUGUGUGAGGUUUAUUGAGCAGAGUGAUAGCCCUUGCUAUUACAAACUCGAGGGCAUCUAG